AUGGCGGAAUACCAGUACGGCGAUUUCGAUAGUGUGAAGGGAACAUACAUCGGCAAACAGCGGGGACCGGCGAGGCAGCUUCUCCCUGAUGAAGAAGAGUCUCUGGUUCAGUACUUACUGUACAUGGCUAAUCAGGGGUUCCCGUUGACAAGGGCCAUGAUGAGAUGUUAUAUUCAAGAAAUAGUUCUUCACUCAGGUCGAGAAACGUUAUUCAAUAUACAGAAGGGCCCAUCUGAUGACUGGUUUGUGAAGUUUUUUAGUCGCCAUCCAAACCUAGCACAAAGGAAACCGGAGAAUAUGGAUAAAGCUAGAGUGUCCAUGUCUUCAAAAAAGAUGCUUGACGAGUUCUUUCCCUUUCUAGAAGGUGUACUGGAUAAAUAUGGAAUACGAGACAAACCUCACAGGAUUUUCAACUGUGAUGAAACAGGAUUCACAGGGAAAGAAGCUCCACGGGCAAAAGUAAUCGGACCCCGCGGAGGACACCUGUUCAGACGCAAUAUCAGAGGUAUUGUGCUUCUUGGUCUGCCUGGGCAUUCCACUCAUAUCCUGCAACCUUUAGACGUCAAUAUUAUAUCACCGCUGAAAGACGCGUACACGAAAGUGGCAGCCGGUCUUGGCUACUUAAAUACCGCUGUCAGUGUUGGGAAAGCCAAGUUUCCGGUCGUCUUAAAGCAUGCAAUGGACAAGAUUGCGCCAGCUACCAUAGUCAACGGUUUCGCUAAAACUGGCAUCUGUCCGUUCAGUCCUUCUGUGAUAGACACGUCACAGAUAGUAGAACCGACUUUCAGAGACGACGCAAACGGAGGACCAGAUGAGCCCGAGGUGAGGACCUGUGGUACCUGUGGGUCUUACAUUACUAACCCAUUGGUGAGAAGAGGACUCAUUUCAAAUUCACUGGCAAACAUUCUGGUACCCCCUCCCACAAAACCACAGAAUAAACAGCAGAAAAGAACACGGGUUGUAGCCGAGGGCAGACUUAUCAGCGGCAAUGAUAUGCUGAGUCAGCUAAAGGAGAAGGAAGAACUUGCUGAAAAAAGAAGAGUGAAUCAGAAAAAAGGAAAACGGAAAUGGAAAUGAAAAGAAAACUGAAAGAAGAAGAUGAUAGGAUGAAAAAGAUAAAGAGAAUGAAAGAAAAAGAAGAAAGAGAAGCUAGAAAGCUAAAGGACAAAGAAAUGAAAAGUAUUAGGAAACAGAAAAAAAAAAGGAAGAGCAAGAACGAAAACAGAAGGAGAAGGUGGACCUUAAGAGAAAACGUCUAUUUACUGAGGAGCAGAUCAUGUCAGCGAGCAUGUAUGUAUGUGGCGGCUGUAAAGAGAAGGGGAGGCCAGAUGAUGAGAUUAACGGCAUUCUUUGGUUCGGCUGCGAUGAAGAGACAUAUGGAUUAUGGUUUCAUGAGCAUUGUCUGACACAACAGGCCAAGGAAUAUCUUUUGGAAAGUUUAGAAAAUGGGGAGGAGUGGUUUUGCCACAGGUGUAAGCCGUGGCUUUACGAGGAGUAGACUUGAUUGUUGAAUUCCAUAUCUGUGAUAUUCAGUUUGAGCCAGUUUUAAUGAUAUCAUAUGAAUAUAAAUUUUAA